CGUAGAUACAAAAAAACGUGAAAUAGGUGUCGUUUUUCCAUACACUUUGUACGAAAAAAAGGAAAUUGAAUUGCUUGUGGAUUUGAAUGAUGGUUUCAGGACGUGCUAACGUGUUUCUUUUGAAAACUGGUAGCUGGCGCGGUAGUCUCAACGCGAUAGGAUCACAAUUACCCUGGCCGUUGAUUUUUUAAUAUGUCCAGCAUCUUCUAGAUCAAGUGUCUAUUUACGAGUCCUUUAUUUGUUCUUGUAAAUUCGUGUACAAGGUAAAACUUCAAAUAUUGAUAAAUAAAACGACAUCAAAAGAACUUGCUGCAGUUUGGAGAUACCCACAAAUUCAGAAGCGUUUGAACGCUUGGAUGUACAGGGAUUAUUUACAAGAUACGUUUAUCUUUACAUGAUUAAAUUCAUACGUAUACCACCGGAGGAUAUUUUCAAUAGACGACUAGUUCUAAAAUCUUUACCAACAACGUAACUGUAACAACAGUUUCAGGAGAGAUAGGCGACUGGGUUUCCGGAAAUAAAUAUAAUAUUCCAUCAAUUUUAUAACUCACAAAUUAAAAAAAAGCUAUCUUCGUUGCAUGGUUUGAUUGAAUUGGACUGGACCAUGAUGCCACCGAUAACAGAAUUAGUAGCUAGUAGCUGAUGAACCAUUGCUCUGGAGAAUGCUUGAUAUUACUUGCAAUUGAAGAAGAAUCAAAAUCACCUGUAAAUCUUCAUUAAAAAAAUUAUAGAUACAGCCAAGAUGCCAUCUAUGUUGAAGCAACGACGUGUUAAUAAAGCUAGGAAACUUGUUAAGAAAAGUCAGCGUUUUGGAGGAAAUUCUAGAGUCAAGCUUUUCAAUCCGCUAUGUGGGAAGCUAAAAAGCAAUAAUAUUUCAUUAGCCAAGGCUUUAUCUAUGCAAAAACAAGAGAACCAACUACUAUUUAAAGAAAACAUUCGACUCACAAGCCAACUACAGUCCGCAAAUAUAGCUUGUAAUAAACGAGAUCUGGGAUUUGGACACAUUCAAAAUAAUGCCAAGGAAAUGUUGACAAUGUUAGUAACAAUGACGAAUUAUGUGACAAACACUAUCAUGCGUUGUCAAGAAUUUUCGGGAUCAUCCAAAACUGCCAUACAACAUAGCCCUGCCUCAGUCACUAAGAAGGAAUCAAUGAAAAGGCUUUCAAUGAAGUCUCCAACAAAAGCAAUGGUCAAACCUAUGGUAAGCGGACACACAAUCACCAAGCCGACAAUAAACUUGCGCAGGGUAAACAUGCAGAAGCUGAACAAUUUCACAAAUCUCAGUGUCGUCGAAGAGGCAUCUCCUGACCGUGUUCUCAACUCAACACUCAAUAGUAAUCUGCCACGAGUAUCAACAGUAUCAACAUUUUUAAACACCAAAAGGACCAAAUAUCAGGACGGUGAACGCAGGCGAAGACUACCAGAGAGAAUAAUACCAGUAGAGUACAUCGGAGCUGAUGAAGAAGAUGGGGAAAUACUUUCCAGACCCGAAUUGAGACUAUCUGGAAGAUUUUCUGACAAACUUUCGGGCAGGACAAAAAAAUGCUCGGAAAAAUCACCCAUCAGUAAGACACGAAUCCCUAGUGUAACUCUAUGCGACGUGUCUAAGAUACUACACAAUUUACAAACUAUAAACAUUGGAAUGCUGCAAGAUUGCCAAAAUAAUGAAGAAUUAACCACACGACCAAAUGUUUUAAGAGAUUCUCGACAGCAAAUUAAUGAGGAAGAUUCAUGGCAUCUGGAUACUACUGCACGUGAAGGACAAGAAUCAGAUGGACCUUCCGCUAAAAAAUUGCAGGUCUGUGCAGCAAAUACUGUUGGCCUGCGAGAGAAAAAGAUAGAGAAUAUGAGUCUGACGAAUAACCACUCUGGAAUUUACGACCCCUUAGAAGGACCAAGCUGGUUACUUGGUAACAGUGAAGUUUCUCCGACGAUUAGAGAAACUCUAAGUACAAAACAGAGUGUAAACGUUUGGAAAGGACAUGUUAUUGCUGGAGAAGAUAGGAAAUCAGAUAUUUGUCGAAAGAAGCGCAAUGUUAGGAAGUUGGAUUCAUCAGACUCUGAACCAGAGGCUGAGAAUAAACUGGGAAAAUGUUUCGACGAUGAUUCGAUGGAAUUUACAGAAUGCAUAAAUGGUCUGAGAGCACCAGAAAUCGCGUCAUCUAGAGUUGCUGAUAAUCAAAAGCAUAUUGGACCUCAUGUUUCAAAUCUAGCUGAAGAAAAUAGUAACAGAAACUCCAUUACCAACACCGAGAUGACAUAUGAGUCUUCAAACCUAUCAGAAGAUAUUGAUGAAAGUUACAGACACAUAACAAUCAAUCGUUCAACUGAAUUUGUCACCGAUCGCCGAAUGCGAUUCGACACUGAUGAUGAAGAUGAAGACACACUGAUGUUGCGAUGCCUUAGACCGGUUCAACCGUCUAGUUUUAAUAUAAAUGAAUUUCGAUUACCUGUUGUCAAUGGCCUGGUUACUGAGCUGCCAGAAGAGCCGCACAAUUUAAUUGAUGAUAGACUUUCAAAUAACUGCAGUGUGCAAUUGCCGAAAUUCGAAGACUCUCCAAAAACUGCUCAGAUAAAACACACAGUGAAACAGAAGCAAAAGAAAAAACGAACUAUAACAUCUAAAACUGAUUCUAGUGAUUCAGAUUGCUCGCCCAAGUUUAAAUCAAAGUCGGUUAAGUUGAGUAGGGCCAAAAAGCUCAAAGAUCCAAGCAGCGCCAAAGUGGUUUUGCAGAAACUCGAUGACGUCCAUCCAAACACUAAUCCAAAUCGUAGCAAGCAAAAUGGCACCCAUGACACCAAUACAAGUCAGAAGAUGUCCAGUAUUCACAACUCAGAACCAGUCACUGAUAGCAAUAACAGUACUUGUAGCGUAAGCGAGCCCUAUCGACCCAAAAGAGUGAAAGCACCUGUCAACUUGAAAGAGCCACCUUUGGGCAGUAUCAUAUUUAACCUAAGGAGAAAUUACCUAAUUUCCAUGAUAUGUUCACUGAAGUCUAUGAGAUCUAUGUCCGAUGAUUCAACUGCAACUCCUGCGAUAGAGACGUCAGCUUCUUUUCUGGUGAGUAUUCCUUUAAUAACAUCCUGCAAUCCAUCACGGAACCAAGAUUUUGAACUGCUCUCUGGUACCAUUACAUAUUCUGUACUGUUGAAAUAACAAAUCAUAUUUUACCAUUGUCACACCCCAUACCAACAAAUUUUUCUAUCUUACUCACGUAAAGUUGAAUUCUUUUUCUAAUGUCUGCCAUAAAGUUGCAAGUACUUUAACUGUUCUAAUGAGGUCUAAAUUUUUAUAUGAUUUCUGAAAAUCAUCAUAUUAUGAGAUACCACUAAUGUUAAUAAAUUCUGUUUACAUU